CGUAUGACACAGUUUGCAGUGGGGCUUUAAAACCGCAGGAUACACAGUGCUGCUGAAGAGACUGCACUGUCACUGUGCUAACUACUGAGAAAUAUGAUGGAGGAUUUUUCUGGUUUGGCUCUGCCACCUCUGUUUGGAGGACACAUCUUGGAGGCAGAGCUGGAGCCAGGGGGUGUAGAACUCGGACCUGGAGAGGGAGAGCUGGGCCCUGGAGGCAAUGAGCUGCUGGAGAGCACAGCACAGGAGGAUGAAGACAGAAGAGCUCUUGAUAAGAAAAAAUAUCUGACUUUGAGCAAGAGAUGUAAAGAGAUUGAACAGGUGAAUCAGAAAAUCCUCGGCCGCCUUCAUCAAGUUCAAAGAAUAACAAGACGUUUGAAGGAAGAGCGAAGGUUUCUCAUGAAGACUCUUGAUGCUCAUGGGGAUGACUACAGAAAUGCUCAGCUCACUAUACUGCUAGAGGAAGAGCCUGGAGCCCAUUUAGAUCCUGCUGUUGAAGUGGAGGACGAUCGGCUGAAUGGUCUGUCUGUUCCCACAUCAUCUGCAGCGCUGCAUACUGCUGGACCAAAGAAAAGGAGGCAUCGGAUUCCAAGGCAAGAAAGGGAUAAAGACCCACAGACUGAACCAGACAUGUCAGUGUUGGCAGAUGCACAGUUUGGAGACAUGCCCAGCCCAACGUCACUGUCUCACUGAUCUCGUCACUGCCCUGGAUAUGAUGAUAACUAAGGAGCAUACAGUUUCUUUACAUGAUCAGUAUCUACUGAUCAUGAUUUGAUCCAAUGUAAUGCUGCCCCUUUUCAGUCAGGUUUUGCACAGUUUGUAGUUUUACUUGAACUUUUUGAACAGAUUGAGUUCAUGUAGCAUCAAAUGGCAUGUUAUAUUUUGUAAUAUUUUCUGUUUUCAUAUUUUGAACUGAGAGCUGAUGACAUUAGAUAAAUAUGAUUAAUGGCAAACUGUUCAUUAUGUCACAGGCUGUCCUGUUUGGUAAAGAUUUAGCAACCCAGAUACAGUUAAAGUAGAGUAGAAAAUGUCAUUGGAUUCAUAAUAUACUGUAUGAAUGAUUUCAUGGUUCUUGAUUUUACUGUCGUCACUAGUGUUAGAUGUUACAACCUGCUAAAACUAACUUGGACCUGUUUUAUCAUGUUUCUAUACAAUUAUUGAACUCCACAUAAAAAUAAAAAGUAGUAUG